AUGGCAGAGACCACAGAAGCCGCCGAGCAGGCGCCUCCAGCCCCGGCCCAGUCGCUGGAGGACCAGACCCUUAUCGUCUUUGCGCGUUUGAUGGAGGGUGGGCAGGAAGAUAACGAGACAUGCCGCGAUCUUGACGAACUGACCAAGCUGCUCAACGACGACUAUGAAGCCUGUCAGAAGGACAAGUCUCAUGAAACUAUCUGCAACGUUAUCGAUGGCGAUUGUGUUGACACUGUUCUGUGCUACCUUGAUAUGAGACAGCCUGAGAUAGUCCGCGGCCACGCCACUCUAUCAACAUCCGCCUACCUCAAAGCCGCCGGUGAUGACGGCUCAAAGAAACUCUCAACCUUUUUCUUUGACCGAGUCCGGAGAGGAACUUAUGAUGAUUACAUUGUCGCCUUUUGUGUUGCCGCUGCGACAUUUCCCAUCGUCCCCGAUCUCACUGCGGAGCUAUUUCUCAACGAAGAUUUCCUGCCCAGCCUUGGUACGCUUAUGCGACGAAAGUGGAAGAGCCGAAAGGUUGAGACGGCAUGUUUGGAGAUGCUCAACGCUGCUUGUAUGAACUCUCUAUGUCGCGAGGCCAUCAACAAGUACUGCAUCGAGUGGCUUGAGGAGAUUGUCGACCAAGAUCUUAGUGAGAUUGUUCGAAGCACCAACGCAGACCCAAACCUUCAGAGUGAUGGAGGCUCUAUCUCCAUGCGACGACACUCUGAGCAGGUCCAGUAUCUCGCUGCCGUAAUCUUAGCUAAGUUGAGGGCAGUUCCCUCCAAGCCAGCACCUGGCGAGAAAAAGUCCAGAAUCGAGCCUGCAGUCACAAGUAUCGAGGAGCUCUCUGGUAUGUUCACUAAGAUGAUUCUGCGAGAUGAAGACCACGGUCGAAAGCACUCUAUUGAAGGUCUGGCCUAUGCUUCUCUCCAGCCCAAGGUCAAAGAGUCAGUUGUUAGCAACCCUGACUUGCUUCAGAAGCUGGUCAAGACACUCAGCGACGCCCAACCCAGAUCCCCUACCACCUACGGAGCUUUAAGCAUCUUUGUCAACCUGACAAAGUAUCUGCCUAACCUAACAGACGAGGAGAAGAAGAUGAACCAGCUCAAGGCAUAUGCCAAUGCGGCUGGAAAGCUUGGAGGGCCCGACCCCCUUAACGACGAUGAACAUGUCGCAAGACGAUGCAAGCUGGUGUUUGAUGCUGGUAUCACCCCAGUUCUUGUCACCCACAGUAAGAAUGGCUCGCCUGCGUCUCUGGCACUGGUCGUCUCCAUCAUCUUUUCCCUGUCUGUCACCAAGUCUCUGCGUGGCCAACUUUCUCAGCAAGGAGCUGUAAAGCUUCUCCUGGUAUCAUGGAUGUCGCUACCUCAGACCGAAGCCCCCGCACGCCGUCUUGCUGCACAGGCUCUUGCCCGUAUCCUCAUCAGCACUAACCCUGCGCUGGUUUUUGGCGGCAACCGCUCCAUCCCUAUCAGUGCUGCUGUCAGACCGCUUGUGUCUAUCAUUCCUCCCGACCCAGCUGCUCAGACACGAGACCUCCUACCAUCCUUUGAGGCGCUGAUGGCGUUGACUAAUCUUGCUUCUAUGGACGACGAGGAUUUGAGACGUAGCAUCGUCGACACCGCAUGGCCACAAAUCGAGGAGCAGAUGCUCGCUUCCAAUACCCUUGUCUCCAAGGCUGCCGUUGAGCUUGUCUGCAAUCUUGUGCAGGCACCGGAAGCUAUCGCGCUCUACGCUGAAGAGACCGCCAAGGCCCGAAACCGCCUUCACGUCCUUCUUGCGCUCGCUGAUGCCCCUGAUGUUGGAACUCGCAGUGCCGCUGGUGGUGCUUUGGCCUCACUCACCAAUUUCGAAGGCGUUAUCCGAGGCAUUAUCAACCGCGACCGCGGUGUCAAGGUUAUUCUUGGACUGUGCAUGGAUGAUGAUGAGGACAUCCGUCAUCGCGGCGUGUUCGUGGUACUUAACCUAGUUACUGCCGAGGGUGAAGUAGGUGAGCUGGCUCGGGAAAAGGUCAAGAGCGAGGAUGGCGUUGAAGCUUUGACAGAAUGUGCCAAGAAGAGUCGAAGACCUGAAGUCGUCGAGAUGACAGUCCAGACUCUGAAGGCUCUGUUGGGCGAUACAUCAUGA